UGUUAUGAGAUCCAUUAUACUGCUUAUGGUUGUUCUUGUCCUGGUUAGCAGUAUGUUCUAUAUGUUCUUCAGUAAUGGAAGACCCUUACAGGUUGGGUCAAGGAUGGAGAGAGACUUAUGGUACAGGUUAUCAGGUCCUGUAUCAGCCAGGGACCCACACCUGCUGGAAGUCCUUAGGAGAGACUUCUUAGUCCCUCCCUCUCUCUUACCUUACAAUUUCUCCAACAGUCUUCAAGAUCAGAUAGGCAAACAAGAUUUCACGUGGCCUUGGAUACACAGGCAUCUACAAGAAAUGUUUGGUGACCAGCGUGGAGGGUUCUUUGUGGAGGCCGGGGCGCUGAACGGUGUUUAUCUCUCAAAUACACUUUGGCUGGAGACUUCCUUGGAAUGGACAGGUCUUCUGGUGGAACCAGACAAGGAAAGCUACAAAGCUCUCAGCUUCAAGCACCGUAAAGCUUGGAGCUCGAACACUUGCCUUUCCUCUGAGCCAUACCCAAAGAAAACCAUCAUAGUUUCCCAUUACGUGUUGGAGAGGAACUCGUUUGAUAAGGCUUACUGGUGGUCGUUCCGCGGUCACAGUCAUGAACUGCGGCAGAGUUACCCAAACAAACUUCACACUGAGAAAACGAUGGAGAAAAGCUUUUCGUCUGUUCAGUGCUUCCCUCUGCUCUCCUACCUGUUGGCCCUGAACGUCUCUACUGUUGACCUCCUCUCAUUGGACGUUCAAGGCACAGAGGCACUCAUCCUGGACUCCUUCUUCAACACCAGCAGCGUCUCCGUCAGGGUCAUAGUAGCUGAGGAUGAGGAAGGUACGUUCAGUCACUCACACAUGGAGAAGAUGGGAUACAUCCUGGUGGCCUCACUGACAGACCACAUUUAUGUUAAAGGAGACCAAAUACUCACCAGGGCAGUUGUCAAGGAGUGGAUGCCAAAAUGA